CAAAAGGAAACUUACGAAAAGUCUCCGCAAGGACCGUGAACAGUGGUGGUUGACAAAGGCGAAAGAGAUGGAAAAAGCAUCGGCGAUAGGCAACACUAGGCAACUCUUUAGACUCAUCAGGGAAACGGGUGGGAGAAGGCAAAUCAUAAGUGAGACUAUUUGUGAGAAAAAUGGCUCCUUAAUUAGCUCUCAGGAUAGACGCCUCGAACGCUGGAAAGAACACUUCGAGGAACAAUUUAACUUGCCUACAGCCACACUGAGCCUCCCCGCCAUCCAGCACACACCCGAAUGGGACAUAGACACUGGCCCGCCGUCUGUAAGUGAGGUCACCAAAGCUAUCUGUAAUUUGAAACGAGGCAAAGCGGCAGGACCCGACGGAAUUAUUCCGGAGGUGUUUAAAUAUGGGGGUGACAUACUAGUAUAUAGUUUAACUAAGGUACUAGGUAACGUCUGGGAAUCAGAGACGGUUCCAUCAGACUGGGGUAAGUCACUUAUUAUACCAAUAUUCAAGAAGGGAGACAAGUCCUCAUGUGAUAAUCAUAGAGGAAUCAGCCUGACGAACAUAGUCUCUAAAAUCCUAGGCUCAGUAAUCAUGCACAGACUAAGCCGAACUCGGGAGGAACAAACGAGGGAAAAUCAAGCAGGCUUUAGGCCAGGUAGAGGGUGCAUAGAUCAUAUCUUCACUCUCCGACAGAUCCUAGAACAUAGACACACUUUUAGGCGUCCAACAAUUGCCAUAUUUCUUGACUUGAAGGCGGCCUUCGACUCCGUGGAUCGAGAGGUACUAUGGCAAUGUUUGACUGUGAAGGGAGUGCCAAGAAAGUACAUUGCACUAAUCAAGGCACUCUACUCAAACUCACAUAGCCGUGUAAGGGCUUAUGGGGAAUUGUCAUCUGAAUUGAUAACAACCAGUGGUGUCCGUCAGGGAUGUCCACUUUCCCCUUUUCUGUUUAACUUCAUCAUAGAUAUGCUAAUGGAAGUAUCCUUAACUGAACUUAACGACUUAGGAAUCGACUUGUUACCAGGGAAUAGUCUUAUGGACUUAGAAUAUGCAGAUGACAUUGUCCUGUUAGGGGAGGAUGCUGACAAAAUGCAGAGUCUUCUGAACACCUUGAGCAGCAAUCUUCGUAUGUUUGGCAUGCGAUUCGCCCCUGUAAAAUGUAAGAUGCUGCUACAGGACUGACUGGACUACGUCAACUCCUAGCUUAGUGAUAGGGAGUGAAGUGAUAGAACAUGUUGACCACUUCACCUAUUUGGGAAGUUGUAUCAGCACCAACGGACUGAUUGGUGACGAAAUCUCAGCACGGAUCCAAAAAGCUCGGGCUGCUUUCGCUAACUUACACCGUCUCUGGCGUAGGCGUGACAUCCGACUAUCAACCAAGGGACGUGUGUACUGCUCAGCAGUUCGCUCCGUCCUUCUCUAUGGCUCUGAAACAUGGCCAAUACGAGUUGAAGACAUGAAAAGGUUGACUGUUUUUGAUCAUAGAUGUCUACGAUCUCUUUCUCACGUUAGGUGGCAUAAUAAGGUAAGUAAUGUUGACGUUAGGCGUAGAGUGUUGGGCAAGGAGGGAAAAUCAAUCGAAGAGGCUAUAAAGUUACAUAGAUUGAGAUGGCUAGGUCACGUGCUGCGCAUGCCUAACCAUCGCCUCCCCCGACGGGCAUUACUAGCUGAUAUAGGUGCAGGUUGGAAAAGAGUAAGUGGUGGCCAAACAAAAACAUGCAUCAUCAAUCCAUGAAAUCCUUGACAGUUAAACUGAGUCAGGUAGGGAGAUGCAGACUUCCGGGUUGGGGCCCGCCCUCGG